CUGCCCGCAUUGCUUACACAUGGGACGGGAAGGAGAAGGUUCUGACGAGGCCGGGUCCCAGAGGACAAUUCACCCAUAACUAUAUAAAUAUGGUGCUCUCCUUAGAGGUUAGAGGGAUAAUUCAACCAGCCAUUAGCAGAGCAGUCCCUUUGAGUAACCACACAGACCACACAGCAUCAUGGCGCACUUCACAAAGAUUUACCACCAGGCCUCUUACUCGGCCAUCUCGCCGGAAAACCCAUUGAACAGUCAGGUCGGCCGCACUGUUGUCAUCGCAGGCGCAUCGACCGGCAUCGGACGCUCCAUCGCGCAGUCGUUCGCCAAGGCCUCCGCUGAUCGCAUUAUUUUGCUUGGUCGCACAGAAUCAACUCUCAACGCCGCCGCUGCAGCCCUGCCUCAUGCUGAUGCUCGAGUCUGCGAUAUCUCAUCCGAGUCGGACAUCACGAACCUUUGGCAACGACUUCGCGACGAGGGAAUCCAUGUCGAUGUCCUCGUGCUCAAUGCUGCGCUGAUCAUUCCGGGAAGUCUGACUUCGAACAUGAAUGGCAUCUGGGCAUCGUUUCGGACGACAGUGCUGGGGAAUAUGAGGAUGGCCCAAUCCUUUGUGGCUCAGAUGGGAGAAAAGCCCGGCCAUGCUCUGGUCAACAUCUCGUCAUUCAUGGCGCACUCCAACCCGGCCCCAGGCCAGGGGUCGUACUCGGCAAGCAAAGCCGCGUUCGCGUCACUGCUCCAGCACCUUGCCGAAGAAAUCCCUUCCAGCAAAGCAACCAUCAUCAACGUUCACCCCGGUGCCAUCUUCACUGAGGCUGCUGACGAAUACGGCCUUACAAGGGAGUCCCUGCCCUGGGACGAUGAGAAUCUACCCGGCGAUUACAGUGUCUGGGCUUCCACUCCUGCUGCAUCGUUCCUGCAUGGCCGUUUCGUGUGGGCAAACUGGGAUGUAGAGGAGUUGAUCGAGCGGAAGGCAGAGAUAGAAGCCGACGAGGGUCUGUUGAAGGUCGGCGUGCAAGGGGUUGAGCAUGUGGACAUCAGAAACAUCUUCACCAAGGUCCCGGACAGAAAGGCUUAAGCAGAGAUGCUAUUGCAUCAACGACUGAGAGGGACGAGCACAAAUAGAAAAUCUAGAUCUCGAGAGAAAUAACAAG